AUGACAACAAUAAUUGAAAGGGACGUUGAUGAGAAUGAUUUUCAAUCGUUUAUUAAUCAAGAAGAUUUUAUUUCUUUGUUAUAUCAAUCAAAAGAAACCGCUGGAAAUGAAGCUUCCACAGACGACAGGAAAAAUGUGAAAAAGGCGAAGAAAACUCAGAAACGGUUGCAUUUACUUACUUGUUGCCUCAACAUCCUAAAUUGGCCGGUUGAAGAAAACAUUACAAAUCAUUAUCCCGUAUUUGUAGAAUUUCAUGAUACAAAACAUUGGUAUAAUACUCGCCAUAGGAGUACUGUUCAUGGUAGAGCUACAGAAGAUGACACUACGUAUACUUCAUCGUCUACAUACCUCACUGUUCAUUUAAAUGAUCUAACUUUGUUUAAAAUAAAUAUAACAAAAAGUGAAAAUAUUCAUAAUGAUUCAGUUCUUUACUAUGAAAUAGUUAAAUUUUUAAUUAACUCUACAGUAGUACAAGCCUUUCGAAAUGAUGAAAAGGAAUUACUUAAAAGAAAAGUGCUCAAAUCUAAACGCAAAGAAUAUAAAGAAUGGUGUAUGGCAAUAUCAUCAAUUAGAUCAGGCUUAAAAGUUUCAAGAUCAGCCUAUAAUAGCAAUCUUCAAUAUACUUCAUCUCUUUCUAUUUCAAAAGGUGAUACAACUAGGUUAUAUAUUAAUAUUGACCUAAUGAUAGUAGAAAAUUCAUUUAAUAACUUUACGGAAGAAGUGAAUCGAAUUUUAGACCUUAUAAUUUGCAAUAAGAAUCAGCACAAGAAUAAUAACGACGACUUUUUGCAUAUAAAAUCUAACUUCAUCCAACAUCAAUUUGAAAACCAAAUGGCUUCGUAUACUAAAUCAAGGUUAUCUUUGAUUGAGAAAGAAUCAUUCGUCAAAGUGCCGGAAUUAAAUCUCAAUCUAUUUCCCUUUCAGAAAAAAAGUGUUGAAUGGAUAUUACGAAAGGAAGGGGUAUGGUAUGCAAAUAGAAAUAUUAUAGAACAGGAAUAUUCACAAAUGGUAGGUGAUUUUCUUAAAGAGAAUGGUAUAAGCAGGAAAAAGGAACUUUCCCUUAUAUGCGAGAAAAUCAAUAAAUUUUUGAAUGAAGAUGUCGCAUUAGGUUACGAAGUUAUGGAACUUAAACUAUCAUUAGAGGAUGGUACUAGUGAAGAUUCUAUAUAUUUCUGGAAUAAGUUUACAAGUUUCAUUUUGCCUUUAAAUGAUGCUAUAAAAGUUUAUAAUGAUUUCUUUGCUAACAAGGACAAUGAUCCAUUACCAAGAGCCCAGGGGAUAUUGUGUGAAGAAAUGGGGUUAGGUAAGACAAUAGAGAUAUUAUCUUUGAUUCUUUUAAAUAAACGAAAUCUCCCUCAUCCACAUAUUGACCAUGCUCGCACCUAUUUCAUUAAUGACGAUAAUAAGAAAAUCAGAAGAUCUAAUACAACUUUAAUUAUUUGUCCGCGCACCAUCAAGCAUCAAUGGAUAUCAGAAAUUCAGAAGCAUACACCAUCGCUGAAGGUGGUAAUUUAUGCUGGACAUGGACACAACGAUACGGAUGAUCAAACUGAAAUGAUAUUAGACAUUGUUGAUGAAUUAUGCGACGCUGAUAUAGUGAUAACGACAUAUCAUGUUGUAUCACACGAAAUUCACUAUGCUAGAUACAAUGCAUUGAAGCGGCCUCGAAGAUCAAAUAAUACUAGCAAGAAAUUUGAUUACACUUCACCAUUAACGUUAAUUGAAUUUUUCAGGAUCAUUUUAGAUGAAGUUCAGAUGCUGAAAAAUGACAGUAGCAAUGCGGCUGAAUGUACUAGUUUAUUAAAUAGAGUUCAUACGUGGGGAGUUUCAGGAACACCAAUUACUAAGGUAUGGGAUUUCCAAACGGUGUUAUCUUAUCUUAAAUUUAGACCAUUUUGCAAUAUGCCUAGAAUUGUUUCACUAAUUGACAAAACCUACAAAUAUGGCGACCCUAAUGACCUGUUGAUUAGUGGCAUCAAAUUUUCAUUGCAAGAUUUAAUGGACGUCUUUAAAAAGAUGGAUAUAUGUAUCAGACAUUCAAGGAAGGACUUAGAAUCUGAAAUUCAUAUUCCAAAACAGCAUAAUAUACUUAUUCCACUAGAAUUUUCUCCGAUUGAAUGGGAUAAUUAUAUGGAGAAGUGGAGAACAUUUUUGAUGAGAUCUGGAUUUGAUUCGAAUGGAGACGGAUGUCCAUUAUUAACUAAUGUUGAAUUAAAUCAAUGGCUUCAAGAAUUAAGAAAUAUUUGCUCUAAUGCAACAAUGCAUGUUCGACAUUUUGUUUACAAAUCGCAUAAUAGACAUAAUAAGUCAUCAUCGGUAGAUACUUUACCUGAAAAAGUCUAUAACAUUGAUUAUGUUUUAUUGACGAUGAUAGUGGAGGCGGAAACUAAAUUAUAUUCAUUGUAUAGAGAAAUGUAUCAAAUUCAAAUCAGAGCAGCUCAGGUUGAGAUGGAAAUCGAUUUGGAUCUUGGCUCUCCUAUCAACAAUUUAAAGAAGAUUAUACGGGAGAUAGAGUCUGAUAUUAAAUUAAAGUUUAGAGUUGACGAUCCAUUCAACGUUACUAAAUAUUUAGUAGAAACGGUGCCCUCAAAAGAUAUUAGUAAAAAAAACGGUUCGUUUGAUGAUGAUAUGCAAACUCAAAUACUUAAUUUGAAAAGAGGGAGACUAAGAUCUUUUAUUGAUUUACUACAUCAAUCUUAUUUCUUUCUUGGAACAGCUUAUUACCAUCUUGGUUCUAAACGCUUGGAGGAGAUAGACGAAGAAAACGAAAAAUUGCAAUUAUUAGGCGGUGAUGAACCAAAAAUUGAAUACACUGACAAAUUCAGUAAGGAAGAACUUAAGGAAAUUGAACUACUACAGAAUAAAGAAAGGGAAAUGUAUGAUAAUGCAAGUUCAUUAAGAGAACAAUUGUUAUUGAGUAGGACUGAUAAAGUUACUCCCUUGAUAGUCAGCAUCAAAAGAUUAUUUUCUGACAAUAUAAAGCUAACUACUUUAGAAAAAAUCGACUUUGAUGACAAGAAUGAUUACUCUUCUAGUAUUACGGUAAGUAAUUGCUUUAAAUCGUUGUGUGCGAUAAUUAAAGUUCUAGAAGAACAAAGAAUCCAAUUUAAAGAGAUGAUGGGUACGUUACUAGAGUUAGCUUACGAACCAGUAAUGACCCAACGACAUAACGAUAGAGAGGAGCUCACGGAUGCGGAAAAAGAAUUGUUUGCACUAACUGUUGAGAAGCAGCAUAAAAUGAGUAGUAUUCUUGACGUUUUAGAUGUUUUAUUGACAAAUAGAGACUCCGUGAUGUCCAGUCAAGCAGAAAUCAAAGCUGAUCUUAAAUCUCUCUUAUCAAGGGAGGGACUUUCUGAAUCUCAUCAAGAUUUAAUUAAAGUGUUAAAAUUAUAUGAAGGUAUUCCAAUAACUUUUAUUUUUGACGAUUUAAAAAACUCAAAAGUCGUGAAUAAUUUAACCAAGAAUUUAAACAAAGAAAGAGGUGAUUUUGCCGACCAUUUGUUACGUUUUGAAGAAAUGAUACCAAAAAGGAAGCAAGAAAUUAAGAGACUGAAAGACUCAUUGAAAAAAAUCAAUUCUAUAUUCAAUGCUAAAGUGGAAUAUUAUAAAUAUUUACAGAGGUUAUCGAAUGAAGUUAUUUCAUUACAUGAGCAAGAUCCAAAUAUUGUUGGAAAAAUCAGAGAGUCAAUGAAAUCCAAUGUAAUUGAAAAUACUAUCAGUACGACUGAAACAAGAAUAAAAUAUUUGACAAGUUUAAAUACUAUCAAGGAUUCAAUUGGGCAAAAUAAGGAAUUCCAAUGCACGAUAUGUCUAGAUGCAAUCACAAAGGGUUGUAUGUUAAAAUGUGGUCAUUUCUUCUGCGAAGAUUGUAUCUACGAUUGGUUACAGACAAGGACUAUAUGCCCAAUCUGUAAACACAAGGCGUCAUUGGAUGGGAACUACAAUUUUACAUUUAAGAAUGGCCCUUUGAAAACCGAUGCAAAUAAACAAAUGAAUGAAAAAGAAAACGAAACCAAGAAAGAACAGCCUGAGACUUCGCCAGAUUUGAAGAGUACAAAUAAUACUUUCAAAGAAAAGAAAACAGUUUUAGGGGAGAAGUAUCAGGAAUUUCCUGAUAUCGAAUCAGUAAAUAAAAUACACUUAAGGGAGAGCUACGGCUCAAAGUUAGAUUGCGUAUUGAGGUUAAUCUUAUUUUUGAAAUUGAAAAAUGAAUCUGAAGAGGUUGGUCCACCUCAGAUACUGGUGUAUACUCAGUCACCAGCUCUUCUUAUUUAUCUUGGAGAUGUUUUACAUGCUAAUAGAAUAAAGUACACGAUUUACAAGCCUUCGAAUUUAACACGAUUCAAAGAAGAUCCUUCCAUUACAUGUUUAUUGAUGGAUGUCAAAGCUGCAAGUGCCGGUUUGAACUUAUUGAAUGCGAAACACAUUUUUCUAUUAGAUCCUAUUAUAAAUCGUGGUGAAGAAUUACAAGCUAUGAGUAGAAAUAACCGGAUUGGUCAAUCAGACGAAACCUAUGUGUGGAAUUUUAUGAUCAGGAACUCCGUAGAGGAGAACAUUUUUAGAUAUAAACGCUUCUUAGAAGAGUGUCGAGAAAAAGAAGAGUUUGUAAAUGAAAGUACAGAUGACGAAGAAAGCAAAUUUGAUAUUGCAGAUUAUAAAGACGAAAUGGUUUCUGAUGAACAUCUUUGGAAUUGUUUCUUCUUUAAGGAAAGGGAAGAUCUUUUCAGUAGCGACGAGUUUAAGCGUAUCAUUUAUAACUAA